CUGCUGUCGGGCAGCCACGCGGCCGCGCCCGGCGGGACAGGGCCCGGGACCCCGGCGCCACGACCCGGCACGCCGUGGAAGAGCCGCGCGUACGGCCCGGGCAUCCAGGGGCUUCACGAGGAGAUAGUUGACUUUUAUAACUUCAUGUCCCCUUGUCCUGAGGAAGCAGCCAUGCGAAGAGAAGUGGUCAGACGGAUCGAAACUGUCAUCAAAGAUCUUUGGCCAGCGGCAGAUGUGCAGAUAUUUGGCAGUUUUAGCACAGGCCUCUACCUGCCGACCAGGGGGCCUCCCCGACUAGCCAAUGGGGGCAGCUUUGCAGCCCCAGGUUGCGUUCUGAGACUUCUCUACAGUGCUGACGCAGUGGCCACAAUCAGCCCAGGGUGGCGGGCACACAGGCAGGACGGGCUCUCUGAGGGCCCAGCACAGGUAGAGCUGACCCAGUCCCUUCUCACUGUUCCCAUAAUCAAGCUCACCGACCAGGAGACGGAAGUCAAAGUCGACAUCAGUUUCAACGUAGAGACAGGCGUGCGGGCUGCAGAGCUCAUCAAGAGUUACAUGAAGAAGUACGCGCUGCUGCCCUACCUGAUCUUAGUGCUCAAGCAGUUCCUGCUGCAGAGGGACCUGAAUGAGGUGUUCACGGGGGGCAUCAGCUCCUACAGCCUCAUCCUCAUGGCCAUCAGCUUCCUGCAGCUGCACCCACGGAUCGACGCCCGGAGGGCGGACGAGAACCUCGGGAUGCUUUUGGUGGAGUUCUUCGAGCUGUACGGGAGGAACUUCAACUACCUGAAGACGGGCAUCAGGAUAAAGGAGGGUGGCGCCUACGUGGCCAAGGAGGAGAUCAUGAAAGCCAUGCCCAGUGGCUACAGACCGUCCAUGCUGUGCAUCGAGGACCCCCUGCUGCCUGGAAACGACGUCGGCCGGAGCUCGUACGGUGCCAUGCAGGUGAAGCAGGUGUUCGACUACGCCUACAUCGUGUUGAGCCAUGCCGUGUCGCCCCUCGCCAGGUCCUACCCCAACAGAGACUCUGAAAGCACCCUAGGGCGCAUCAUCAAGGUCACGCAGGAGGUGAUCGACUACCGGCGCUGGAUCAAGGAGAAGUGGGGCGGCCGGGCCAGCCCAUCGCCCGAGCUCGACAACAGGGUGAAGAUGAAAGAGCGGAUCGUCUCUUGCAACAGGGAGCAGACCCAAAGCCGAGACCCUGGGUCACCCUACAGCCAGCGUCUGACCCUGUCCUUGUCCAGCCCCCAGCUCCUCUCCUCGGGCUCCUCGGCCUCCUCUGUGUCUUCGCUGUCUGGGAGUGACAUUGACUCGGACACACCUCCGUGCACAGCUCCCAGCGUUUACCAGUUCAGCCUCCAGGCACCAACACCGCUGAUGGCCGCUCUGCCUGCAGCCCUGCCCAUGCCCAGCGGCAAACCGCAGUCCCCCGCUUCCCGAACGCUGAUCGUGACAACGAACAACCAGACCAGGUUCACCAUACCUCCCCCCGCCCUCGGGGUGGCCCCCGUUCCCUGCAGACAGGUUGGCCUGGAGGGCACCCCGUCUCUGAAAGCUGUCCACCACGUGUCUUCCCCAGCCAUGCCCUCCACCGCCCCUCACCCGCUGGCCAGCCCUCACCUGUAUCAUAAGCAGCACAACGGCAUGAAGCUGUCGGUGAGGGGCUCACAUGGCCACAGCCAGGCUGGCGGCCACAGUGCGGUAGGCAGCGGAGGCGUGCGGCCGCCCGUGGGGAACCGGGGCCACCAGCAGUACAGCCGCAGCGGCUGGAGGAGAAAGAAGCACACACACACCAGGGACAGCCUGCCCGUCAGCCUUAGCAGAUGA